AUGAAUAUUGCAACACCCGUUGCUCCUGCACCUACAGCCACUUCUACCAGCUCCACUGCCAAUAUGGUCGUUGAGCCUUCCACUAAUGCGAUCAACCCACCUGCCUUCCUUGAAGGCAUGCACCCACCUAAACCAGACGAAAUCCAUCAGUCUCCCCUGAUGCCUACUUGGAUUCAGGAGAUCUAUUCACGUCUUGCCUCUGUCAGCACUCACUUGCAGACUCACGACCCACAACUGGAACAGAACCAAACUUUGAUCAAACAGACUCAAGAAUUGAUCAAAAAGAACCAGGGACUCCCAUUCGCUUUGGAUAAAGCUCACCACCACGAGAUAGCGCAACUCAAGUCGGCUGCUGCCAAUCAUACCUCGACACCUCCAUCUGCUACUACACCUGUUCUCGAAAGGAGCUCCGAGGGCACCUCAGCCUCUCAAUGGGCAGAUAUGGCUACCAAACCACCCGCGGAUGAAUCAUCUCCCGACGGUACUAAACGCAAGGAAUCCAAGCCCAAGGCUUCCACAUCCACCAAGCCAGCUCCCAAGGCCAAAGCCAAACGGCCAUUGACUUUAGAGCAGGUUAGCCGGUUCUACUCUCUUCCCUCGACGACCCACGGUUACCAAUCCCUGUACUUUACCUCUCGUGGACGUGAAGCCAUCUCGAAAGUCUGUGCGGGCUUCCAGGUGCUUGGUUUAUCUCAAAGCCGCAUUCUUGAUAUCCAUUACCCAACUAAUCACAUCAUUAGUUUCUUAGUUCACAACGACUAUGCCUCCACUGUCGUGCAAGCAAUGGCUCAACUCCCUGACUCUCAACGGAUUACCGACUUCGACCCUUGUGCACCCACCAUCCUCGGGGAUCCCAAGUACGCCAACCAUGCUGAUCCGCUCUUUUUGCAGUCUGAGGCUGCACGCAUUCACCAAGAACGUUUGCUUCGCAUGAUUAAACGUCUCAACACUCCCAACAUCAAAUUGGCCGUCGCUCGCGACUUCUGCUUCAAACGUAAAUGGAUAUCCGAGACUACGUAUCAAACACUUUAUCGUGAGAUCUACCGUGCCAAGGCAUCCAAGACUGCCUCAUCUUCUUCAACGGAUGAUGUUAACAUGGAUGAUAUUUCUGCUUCUCAAGAUUCUACAUUCCAACCUGUUGCCUCCUCUUCCUCUAUUGGCCCAGCUGAUGGCGUCUCAGCCCUCUUGGUCUAA